ACCGACUGUUUCAACUAUGAAUUCUCGUCUCGUUCUUCUUCUGGCAGUUUCCGUAGCUCUUGUCUCUGCAAUUGCAGUUGGCAAUCGUUCCUCUCAUUUGAAAAAAUCGAAAGAAUGUUCUAGUGAUGGCCAUACUGAGAGAUGCGAGUACACUGGAGAUCUUACAGUCAAAACUGAUUCAACUUGCAAUCAUUCUACAUACAUCAUGACAAAAGUAACUCCACCAAAUGAAAGUCCAUCAAACGGAGUGGCUCAUUGCAGAACAGCUCCAUGCAACUCAGAAGACUAUGCAGAUGUUGACUGUUUGGUCGCAUUUGGAGCAGAUAAUAUUGCCGCAAUUGAAAAACAAUAACUUUUUAUCAAUGAAGCUUUUAUAUUUUC